AUGUGUGUGGAGACCUGCACAGUCCUCCACUCCAAAGAGGCGCAAAAGGCCCAGGUUUGGAGGUCAAGUGGAAGCAAGUCUUGUGAACUGAAGGAGGUUAGAUUGCAAGAAACUGCUAUGAACUUUGUCCAGCCACUGGAACAUGAUGCCCUGAAACUUAUGAAUGGCAUGUAUCGGAAUCUACCGAUAUUGGAGAAAUGGAAAGUGACAAGAUUUCUGUCAAAAGUGACGGAAGAGGUUCUCAUGCCCGAGUUUCAAAGUGCUGAAGGGCAUGGCUACAGCCGUGAGAUCCCCAAAGAGGUUCAAUACCUCGUAAUCAUCGGAGAUCUUCACGGGCAGCUCUUCAACCUCAUUGCUUACUUGGUGCGCAUCAUGGAGACUUACACGGGCCAGGGUCUUAAUCCCCUAGAUGGAUCAUCCUUGCUCCUCCGCGAUCCGCGCAUCCAGUACGUCUUUCUAGGUGACUAUGUGGAUCGAGGUGAAAGAGGACUUGAACUAUCUUGA